AUGCCUCUAGCAGCAAUUACAUCAUACUCUAUCCCAUUCAAGAUUCCGGGCAGUCAGAAAGACCGCCAAAAGCUUCACUAUUUUUGCGUACAAGCGGCCUCGGACCUCUCAGGAAAUCUAUGCAGCGGCGCAGAUUUCUGGUCCAAUACAGUGCUGCGAUGCAGUCACGAAGAGCCAGUUGUACGUCACGCCCUGAUUGCACUAAGUUCGAUCCACCUCGACUUGGUGACAAGCGACUGUCCGGAAGGCCAAGGUUUUGGCAAUGAGCUUACCAGUGUUGAAAGCCUUCUUCAGUAUAAUAAGGCGAUACAUCAGCUACGGACCUACUUGUCCUCUCGAGAGCGACCGUCCGUUAAAGUUGCGUUGAUCUGCUCUGCGUUGUUCUACUGCUUCGAGAGUACUCGUGGGGAAUACGAUUCUGCGCUUGGACAUCUUCGGAAUGGACUUACAAUACUUCGUGAUGCAAUGGCAAGGAGGAAGUCAGAAGCCCAUACAACGGAGAGCAAAGAUGAACCCGAGGACCUCCAACCGCUGGAGCAUUUUUUCACACGCUUGGAUCUGCAAGCCACUGCGUUUGAUGAAGGACGCGUUCCAUUGCUUGAGUUCACAUCCCUCGACGAAAGGACCGGGCUCAAGCCCAUAGUGGCCACUGACAUAUUCCAGAAUUUGUACGAAGCACAGUUGGCUCUCGAUAAACUGCGAAAUCAGGCCUGGCGAUUCUGCACCAUCAAUGCCCCGUUUAAGCAUGUACAGCCAGAGAAAUUACCAGCACAUGUGGUACAAGAGAAGAAACAGCUUGUCUCACAGUUCAAGCACUGGUCAUCGGCACUCGAAGCACUAUGGCUUCAGCAAGAUAGUGACAGCUGUCAGCGCUCUGAGAUCCAGACCUUUCAAGAAUCGGCCACAAUGCUCAAAGUUCUACACCGGACCGCACAAAUGCUCAUUCUCGCCAACUUUCCACAUGACUAUUCGAUAUUUGGAAGCACUCCGAAUGAACGGGGCAGGGAGAUCAUUUCGUUGAUAGAGUCUCUCCGCUUGACCGACCCUUCCCGUAGGACAUACUCAUGUGAGGUGGGGGUUCUUGCGCCUCUAAGUAUGUUAGGGUCGAGUUGCAAGGAUCCCCAAGUCUGCGGGAAAGCCAUGAUGCUCCUCGCUGCGUCCAGAAGACGUGAAGGGCUGGUGGAUGCACAGAUGGUUGUUCAGGUUGCGAGAAGGAUCCUCAUGCUGCGAACGGGAAGGCAGGUCGACCUAACGCCAAAGGUGGACGAGCCAAUGCGACAAACGGCUGACACAGUGAUCGACGACAUAGCUAUGAAGCUUUGGGUCUCGGAUUCUAUGGAUCUUGCUCAGGACGGCUCUUACGCUGCCCCCAGGAUUGCGAAGAUGUUUGGUUCCGCCGUCAAAUUAUUCAACGUCAAUCUCAGAUAG